GCCACACACAGCGGUCGCGCGCGCCUCCCGAUAUCUCUCUCCGUCGUCGCGUUCACGUCCAGAGCCCCGGGAGAGGUUCUAAAGAUAGAAGACGGGAACGGCGGCCAGUAGGGAUCCUAGCCGAAAAUCCUGGUCCACCGGGAACCGUUGGCCGCGCGGAUGAACGCCCUCGUCGUCGUGAAUCGUUGUGCGCGCGCCCGCGAGUAACGGUUAACCCGUCGCCAGAGAGAGAGAGAGAGAGAGAGAGAGAGAGAGAGAGAGAGAGAGACAGACAGACACGCGCCGUAGUUUAUAAAGCGACAUUCUCGUGCAGCGAAGGAGAUGUGCCGUUGAGGAUAUGUGCGCGCCAACGGGGCGUCCUCUCGACUCACGUCCGCACGACGCGAGAUGAGGAAAAGGGAACAGGAACACGGACGCGUACACGGUGCACCAGCUUCUUCCGGCUGACGAGCAACGGGGGAAGUUCCCGUGAAAUCGCGUUGCGAAUCGAUUGCCGCGACGACGAUUCGAAUAUACGCGUACGGACGUCGCGUUUUAUGUUCCAGUCCCAGAACUCGGAGGUUCGUCGAUCGAGAAGAAACUCGGAAGGAUUUUCCAAAGAUGGAAACCACGAGUCCUUAGAACGAACCGUGGUCCACGGAUGAAGAUGGAUUCCGUGAAACUCGAACCGACCAAAGUCAAAGUUAUCGCGGAAUCAACGUUGAGGGACCGUCGGGGGUGAAUGGCGGCCGAAGAAUGAACGAAUAGGAACCGCGAGAGUGGAUGGUUCGACGUUCCCGAUCGAAAAGUAGACUCGUUUUCGUGCAAUGGUAACCGAAUCGUCGACGGUGUUCGAGGUGUGUUCGUUCGAGUAACGGCGUUGAACGAAUAUCCGAGAAAACGGUUGUUAACGGUAACUCCGUGAGUUCGCGGGAGAAACGGCUGCUUAAUUAAAAGUGUCGGGCCGUUCUUUUUUUUUUUUUUUCGAUCGGAUUGGUUCCUAUCAGGUGUCGUCGAUGCCAGUCGAAGGUUAACGAGGCUCGAUUGGGGGGGGCGGGCGAACCCUGGUUCGGAUUUAGGUCCGGAAAGCGUAAUAAUUGUUCGAUUCAACGAGGAAUCGUUCCGUCGUGGUGUUGGUGCUUCUUUAUUCCCGUGGAAGGAAGAAAACCGAUCCCCCGACCAUGGGCUGCGAACUUGGGAAAUUGGCGACCGUGAAGACGCCGCCCCAAGCCGCCACGGAUCCGCGACUUCCGUUAACGGCGAAGCAGAAAUUUACGGUUAUGGCGAGCUGGAAAGCUGUGUUCAGAGCGCUGGUGCCCACUGGCGUCUUCAUGUUCAUAAGGUUGUUCGAAGAGAAUGCGGAAUUGUUAAAUAUGUUCACGGAAUUUCGCGAGCUGAAGACGAAAGAGCAACAGAAUAACAGCAUGGAAUUGGCGCAACACGCGGAGAAGGUUAUGUCGGCCCUCAACGAAGGUAUCAAAGGCCUUGACGACAUGGACGUCUUCUUGACCUGCCUUCAUCAAGUCGGUGCCACGCACACGAAGAUCCCUGGUUUCAAUCCACAAUAUUUUUGGAAAAUCGAAAAGCCAUUCCUGGACGCGGUGGAGAGGACCCUGGAGGACCGAUAUUCCGAGAACGUGGAGAACGUCUACAAGCUAACGAUUAAGUUCAUCAUUGAAACGCUAAUCGACGGGUUCAACGAGGCCCAGAACGACAAAGCACAGAGCGACACUGCUAAAUCCUAGUCGAGUCGGGGAACUUUAAUGUCCGAUCGAGAUAAUUCCUGAAUCGCUUUUGUCCUUCGGGAACGUAAUUUUCGAACGGGGGAACCGAACAAUCCCGGACAGAACGAGUCCGACCACUCGAUUCGAACGAUCGUUCGUCUAUUCCGAAAUAUCUCCGUUUCUCAGAACAGUGGAAAACACACAAAAAAAAAAAAAAAAAAAAAAACUGCGUGGGACGAAUUUAAAACGUCGAGUUACAUUUUUCUUACGGAAGUCGCGGAAAGUUGCUUCGCCGGGCGGUUAGAUUUGAGGAUCGUUUUCCAUCGAGCGGGUCUCGGUUGUGGGAAAUAAUACGUGUGGGAAGUAACUAUGAUUAUCGUAUUGCACGUCUUUGGUCGUCUCGUACCGCGAACGACGAAACGAGUCGUGGAUUCUAUUGACGGUCAAAGAAGAUGAACGACGCGGUUUCGUUCGGUAUUUAUUGACUUCCUGUACCAACGGUCGGCUUCUUUAUACUAUAAUUAGCGUAAAACCAAACAUAUAUUUAAUAGGAAAAAUUUUAGUUCGAUUUUAAAUUAUUCUUUCACGAUCCUGCGCCGUAAGGAUCGAUCGUAGAUAUUUGUUUGCCCCUUGAAUAUCGAUUACGAAAUUCGAGGCUCCUCCACGCCACUGGAUCGACGCAGAUCUCUAUUUAUUUGUACAGUACACGAGCGUCGUGGAUUAUUUCGGACUACUGCCAACAAUUGUCGACAUUUAGAGGAGAUGCCGUUCCAUAAUUGUAAGUUGAUUCGAUCCAAGGAAAAGACAAAGGAUUUCAACGUUUUUCGUUUUCGUGAAAUUAUGUUCGAACCGAGGGAAACGUUAACGAAUUAAUUUCUGUGAUCGACCUUGUUUCACCGAACAGUUUCAAGUAAAUUAUGUGUAUUGUUCUUUUAAACCAGAGUUAAGUUAUAUGUGAAAAUAAUAAUAUAUAUAUUGAAUUUUUUAAAGUUCACCGAAACUUUAUACGAACGCGAAUUAAAUAGAAUUAAAUUCGUACGAUGUUCCUGAAAUCCGUUACGAAGAAUAGCUGAAUAAAAUUACUUCGAACGAACUCGAUGGACUCUGAGAGAUCGCACGACAGAGAGCAAAGUUUCAAUUGUUUUUCUCGAAACGCGGGAUUUCAGCCACGUUCUAAUUGUUAACAUUCGCUGUACGCGUUUUUAAACGGCACUUUUGCAGGCUCAAAAUGCAUAUUAGUGCAGGGCUAUUCUCUCGAAACGAAGCGUGCAAACAUCAAAGGCGGAAACAGCGAUGCUCGUUGGAUUUUUUAACGUUUUAACAUUCUCUCCAAGCGUUCUGUAAACAUACAGUGUUUUCGUGUACAAAAAAUCGUAACUUUGCAUACGUUCCAAGUUUUGUUCUGCUGUUUACUAAUCGUUGGUUAAAAAAAAAAUUUGGUCGUUUCGAAGGUAUUGCAGUUCCCAAUUUAUAAAAUUCAAAUUAAAUUGAGUUUUGCAUUUAAUUUCGAUAUAAAAAUUUACAUAUUUUUGUCCGUUUUAACGUUUCUCGGGGGCUACAAAAAUACUGGAAGUUCGAAUCUCGCGCCAUUUUCUGUCGAAUAAUUUCCACGGGCGGCGAAGUCGAGUUUUUAAGCGGAUUCACGUGCUCUUCUGACUUUCAGCAUGCGCUCGAUAAUUGGUACCAGAAUAGUGAUUACCUCGAACCAAUCGAACGUUAAACUGGUGUUUUUAUUCAUGAGAACCUUGGGUUACGUAAGUCACGUAUGUAGCACAGCUUUCUAUAGUUCGUGACAAAAUCUAUUCCCCUGCUAAGUGCACUGAAAACAUCCUCCCGUCAUGGCGGUGUCAGAAAAAAAAAUAAAACAGAAUUUAGAAGCCUUUUUUUCCUUUGACAAUCAUUCGCAGAAUUGAGAUAUUCGAGGUGACUUUUCCUGGAUAACCCUGAAAUUAAAACAGUAUACUAAUUCCCUGACAGUAAUACCUCUAUAGAAACGACAAACAUCUUCAGGAGAAUGAAAUUGGUUAACCUCCUGUGCGAUUAUAUCGAUCGUAUAAUGGACGACGCUGUGACCAAUGUUUAAAUUAAGAAUCAAUUAAAAAAUAUCUUCGUAAUUAUUUAUUAUCGACUUCCACUUUAAUAGUCUUUUAUUCAGAAUUCGAUACCCUUUCCAAACAUCAAAAUAUCGAAACGGUGAUUGUUGCAUCGUACGAUCUCUAUAUCCAACAUGGCGGCCAAGAUGGACGCGACAGAAAAUAACUAAAAUCCGCGGGGCAAUAUCGAACGAUCGUCGUUCUAGGUUCUCACAACGUAUACACUUUUCUAAACAACGGUUCAGACUGGUAUUUUACUGUAUCUGCCAUGUCCCAUGCGCUUCGUCGUUAAUUCGUGUGUCGCGAAGCGUUUCAAAGUCACCUCGUUACAAGGGGAGCAAUAUUGGAAAGUGUCACAACAGCUAACAAAGAAAUCGAUAACCUGUGUUCUCGCAAAGUACAGAAUCCAUUAGGCCGCUUACAAGCGUGACAAAAUGCAACGGCACGUGUGUAUAAUAAAAAAAGAAAAGAAAGAUUAUUAAUAAGCAAGUACCGUUGAUUUCUUAGGCUUGGUUUCGUAUCCGUUCAAUCGAAAACAGAUUCCGCGUGAAAUAAAUACAUUCCAGUCGGAAACGGACCAAUUCGUACGUCGGAAAUUAAGUAAGACGCGAUAGCCACGUACACACAGCUUUCCAACGGCGUGUGAAAGAGUAUGUUCAAUUUGCGUUGGGCGAGGUUAGGUGAUACGGCUUGCUUUUAAUGGAAAACGCCAGAGAAACAGUGAUUUCUUAUUUAACGAAGGUUAUAUUUGUCGAGAUUUCAAGGUCAUCGAUGGUUUUUAAACGAGACUUUCCUUUUUAUCGAGACCUAAGAAUUGAAAUAAUUAACCUAUAAAUUAUUUUGUAGGUUAAGGUCGAUAGUAAGUUGGGAAUUUUUUUCAACCGUGGCGUGUCACCUGGUCUUGCCCUGAAUUGAAGUAAAUUAAUAUACGAUAAGUAUAACGUAUACUUAUAAUUGUUUUGGACCAGAAUGUCGUACCGCCAUAACAGUAUUUUACGAUUCGAAGCUUGUUUCUGGUCGGAGAACAGAAUGAAAUAAAUAAAAAGUGUGGUGCAGCAAUGCGUGUACCACUGUUUGAAAAACAAAACCUUGAUUAAGACUAUUUAUUACCUAAAUGAAAUAUGUUAGAUAAAUAUGCGCGCCCUUCAAUAUUAUUUCAUGUAUCGCUAACCAUAUUUUUCAAACUAGUCCAAUAAUUAUGUCGUCGUCAUAUCUCAUCGUCUGUGUCCCGCAAGGAAACCAACUUAUAAUAUUUGUAAUAAUAAUUCCUGAUCAUUGUCGAACAAAUACAGAAUGCCUACAGGUGUGAAAUAAUUUUUAUAAUAAAAGAAAAAUGUGCAAUGAGACAAUGAGACAAAUUUCAAGCAACAAAUUAUUUUCUACGUCGGUAUAGAUUUAUUUUCAAUGCGCGUUAAUUGUAACGGCUAACGCGAACGUUUAUAUAAUAUUGAUACAAGGGAAAAUAGACGUCGAUUUACGGAUUCGAUUCACAUUACGCGUAUCGUUAUUUUUUAUUUAAAGACUCGAUAGCAAAGAUCGUUUGUUACGUGAUCACGACACCUUGGAAAUUUUGUAACGCAAUGUAAAUUAAGUGCGAAUAUUUUUCUGCGCAAACUCUGUAUCACGUCAUGCGUACAUAAGUGUGUCAGUUUUACGAAUACAGCAAAAGGGUGAAUUUCUAAAGCUCAUCGAACGGAUGAAUCAUCAAUCGUAGUCAGACGAUUUUUAUAGUGUAUAAUCAAAAAAGAUGUUAAGAAACGUGCACGAUCUUUGACCGUCAAGAGACAAUUAUAUAGAUUUUUACUCGCGAUUAAGA